ACUAACCCAUUCAGCAUCAGGACCAGAUCAUUAUUAAACAUGGCUACCUUACAUUGGUUCAUAUUAGCUUCAAAUGCAAAAUCCUAAUGGUACCCUGACAUCUAAUAUGUAGUUUGAAGCAAUAAAGGCACUCAGUGCUUAUGACAAAGAUGGGGAUGAAAACACCAUGGCAACUGCUGUCUGCUGGUGUUGUCUUGGUACUCUUCACAACAAGUGUCCAAUGUUGUCCAUCCGUCUGCCAAUGUACAACAAGAAAUUUUCAGACGUCAGUGGAUUGUUCCAGAAAAAAUCUGUUCACUAUUCCUGCCACAAUUCCAGAUAACACUACAGAACUAGAUUUAAGUCAUAAUUAUGUACAAGACUUGACCCUUGUCUUUCAAAAUCAAAACAACAAUUCAGAAUUUCUAUGGCUUAACUAUUUACGAAGCUUAAAACUGUCUAAUAAUUCCAUAUCAUCAAUCACAGAAUCUGUUUUCACAAAACUUUUAAUGCUACAUGAACUAGACCUUUCAAACAACAAUCUUGAAGAGAUGAAUGACAAAACAUUCGAAGGACUUCAGAAUCUGAUUCAUUUAAAUCUUAGUGGGAACAACAUCCUGGAUAUAACAAACAACACAUUCCAAGCACUGAAAUCAUUAAAUGAUUUAGAUCUCAGUAAUACAGGCAUUACUACCGAGAAUUUAUGGAUCCCUUUGACGGUCAACAGCUUACAUCUUACAGGAAACAACUGGAACAGUUUCAACACGUCCAUCAUCUGCAACUUACAUGAUAUAAAAUUCUUGGAUCUAUCUAGAAACAAUUUCAUCGAUAUUGAGCUCCCACCUUUACCUAGUCUUCAAAUUCUCAACAUAAGCCAAAACAACAUACAUAAUUUGUCUCGCAACGCUUUCAGUGCUUUGACAUCUCUUCACACACUCAUUCUUGAUAGAAACCCAUUCUCCGAAAUAACUGUGCCAAUUUUUCAACAGUUGUCUCGUCUUCAAUAUCUAUCCUUGUCCCACCUGGACAACUUAGUAUUCCUGAACAGGGACGCCUUCAGAGGCCUGCAUAGUCUUACAACAUUACAAAUGUCAGACAAUCACCAGUUGGAAUACAUUCACGUCACACUGUUUGGUGACCUAGUCAAUGCCAAGAUGAUAAACAUAAGUUAUAACAACAUUACAGCCUUGCAUCCUGUAACAUUCAGUUCCAUGAAUAAUGUUACAACUGACAUACAGGGUAAUCAUCUUACGUGUGACUGUAGUAUUACAUGGCUCAUCGAACAGGACAGCCCUAGUCCAAACGUGAUCGAUUUACAGGACAUGUCUUGCUACGAGAAUGAUCUAAGGGUUCAAAUAUCCAAGCUUAAUCUGGAAGAACUUCACUGUGGAGAAAUUUCUGUAUUGGCAAAUGAAACUAAAUAUCAAAGCCAGAUUGGAUCAUCAGUAAUAUUACACUGUGACUGGACAGGGAACCCAGCUCCACUCAUUUCCUGGGUUACUCCACGGGGUAACAUGUUUAUAUAUUAUCCUAGUCAUACCUUAGUGUGGGAGUCGCACCCUUCCAUUGAGGAUGUAAAGGAGAAUGGAUUAUUCCAUAUGGAUCAUACAUGGCACAAUACUAACUCCUAUCAUUCUGAAUUAGUGGAAAACUCAGAUCGCAUUCUUGUGUUGAAUAACGGUGACCUGUUUAUUGACUAUAUGCUGAGAUCAGACACUGGAGUUUAUGAAUGCAUUGUGGAAAAUUCAAGAAAUAGGACUUCCGUUGGAAUGAAUCUACUUAUUGAUACAAGCAUUCUAACAGAAAUUAAAAUAUGGAGUCUGCUUAUAGGGCUGGCCUGUGCUGUAUCAUUUUUUAUGUUGAAUUUGAUCUAUGCUAUCAUUUCUGCUAUAGUUAGAAGGUGCAUCAACCAAAGAAGACGGGAUGCUAUUGUUAAACUUGUGGAGAAUAUGGAUCAGUACAAAAGUGCUCAACUUGCAAGACUCAAGGAGAACUAUUAUUCUCAACUUAAUCGCAUUCGUGAUGGGUAUCAUAAUCAGCUGGAGAGGAUUCGAGACAAUUACACUUCACAAGCAGUGCGUUUUAAGGAAGGGGCUAGCCAGCGUAGGGAGUGGGCUUCGAACAAACUUGAUACAAUACGGGAUAACUACAACAGUCAGGUGACUCGACUGAAAGAUAACAGCGCUCAAAAACUAGAACAUUUGCGAGAAACAUAUAACAAUCAACUGUUCAAGAUUCGUGACUAUGGUUCAUCACAGAUGGCCCGUGUUCACAAGAAAUAUAAAAUCAAACAGCGACAUGUCAUGAAGCUGCUUGAAACAAUGAACUUUGACAAUUGCCGAAUGAUUAUCGACUCUGAAUGUGUUCGAACAGAAUCAAUGAUAUUUGAAACAAAUCUGAUUCACCCUGACCUCAACAUUCCAACUCCCUCAGACAGUGAUACCGAGUAUCAAACUGCAAGUUCAACUAAUGACACACCAACAAAUAGCCAACAGGACCUUCGCAAAACUGAAUAUAUAAAUUUCCUUUCUCCUAGUCAGGAAACUAGUCAAAAUGUGGAUAUAGACCUCCAUCAAACAAUGGAAAAUAAUUCUAGUCAGUCAAGGGGAGAGAACUCCAUCCAGACAAAUGAAGAAAAUUCUAGUCAAUUCAAAGAAAAUGAUUCCGAUGAUGAUAUUAUUGAGGAAAUGUAUGACUGUGGUGAACUCGAUGAAAUGUUGGAGCAAAUCCAAUUAAUUGAUGAAAGUGACGAUGAAUCAGACAACAAAAGCAAUUCUGUAAACAUUGAAACAUGUGUCUGAAACACUUCAGGCUUUUUUUUCUGAAGCAAAAAAGUAUAAUAUAUUAGUUGUCUUGCAGUCGUUCUUAAUUUACGAAUGAAAGUCAUUUUACUAGAGAAAAAUUUAAAACAAUGAAAGAUUGUACAUGAGAGUGCAAUGGUGUGGGUUAGUUGGGAAUAAAGUAUUAGUGAGCAUAUUUAAGUUUAUUUAGAAUAUCAAAAAUUAGUUCAUAGCAUUAUGUUGUUUUUUUUUUUAUCAACUCAUAAACCUAGAACAUUUUGCACUAUUGUGUUGAAUAGAAAUCAUAAUUUUCCCUACAUUUCCCAGCAUUCAUGGCUAUUGUUUUUUAUUGUUAAAAUAUAAAAAAAAAUAUCCCAGCAAUAUUUUGUAGUUAUUUAAUAUUUUACAAAAUAACUAGAGUCCUUUGUUAAAAGUUUUGUCUGUGUGAAUGUAUCGUCUUACAGAUGUUCUUAAUUGUUCUACAUGUGUAAUAAAAUGUUAUUCAUUA